CGAGGAAAUGGCCCCCAUUGUUAGUCGUUACUAUGAGCUCUGGGCAAAACUCAAGUCUAUUCAUGCUUUGGAACAGAUUCAGAAAGAUGUAGUUCAGCAGCCCUUUCCACUACAAUCCUUGAACAUGCCUGCGCCUAUGCCAGGUCAUCAAUGGCACGAACACAUGAACGCCCUCGGUCAAUCAGCACUUCCAUUCUUACCACCGCAUCCGGAUCCACAACCUCUUUAUUCGCCAAACAUACCCAUGACAAAUGCAGUGUCCCCGCAGGUUGGCCAUUCUCGAUCUCGACAGACCGUUGGAACUGUUGAGCACAAGACCGCACCUUGUUCUGAUACCGAUGGCUCUGAUGACUCUGAUGGUUGUCCUGACCCGGUCGAGCUUCUGGACAACGGAAACUCUUCCGUCCGUAGCUGUUCCAGUUGCGAUGAUGAUGAUGAGGUUUCGUCGUCUGCGCCAAAGCAAUCUUCUUCUACUGCAAAGCGCCGAGACAAACAGAUUAAGGACAAACACCACAGCGCAAAGAAGCGAUCGCAUGGUGACAAGUCUCCGGACAGAGUCAACACCAAUGCUCCUCGCCAUGUCAAGAAGAAGUCAAUACAGGAGCGCAGUGUACAGUCGGAUGGCUGCACGUCCUCGAACAAUAACGCAGGCAAGCUUAAGCGAAAGCGCGAGGAUGUUGCUUCGGGUGUUGAGGGAAACUCUGACGACAACUCUUCUUCCGAUGCAGAGACCAGCCAGCAGCGCAAGAAGGGUUCCGCCAAGGUAGACGAGCGUCCUUCGGCAUCGAGCAAGCGCAAGACCGAAGAGCGCAAGGUCUGCUCCAAGUCGGAGAAUACUACUACUCCGAAGGAGACCUCCAAGAAGAAAAAGAAGGCGAAGUCUUCUCAUGACCGCGAACAUUCCCAACAGCAUCCAAAGAGCAAAUCUAAAGCGGUAUCACGAACAAAGGCCAAAUCGGAACCGCCUAGGCCUGUGAAGACCGAAAAGCGCAAGCCAGAGAAAAGUAAGAGGGCUGAUGGUCAGGAAGCUUACGACAGCAUGCAUCCCGACAGAAGAAGUCUGAUAGAAUUGAGCUGAAGGAGAUCAAGAGCCCACCUCUUGGUGCGAGUAACAAGAAAGGUGAAAAUGAGGCUAAAGAGGAAGCGUAAAAAGUGUACAUAAUCGUAGGAGCUCAUAUCUUUGUAGAAACAUGCUUUACACAAUAAUUCAAGUUGAC